UAUAAUAAAAAAAAGAAUAUGUAUUAGGUAAUAAUUUUGAAUUUAAUGUAGAAGAGGUCAUAGACAUAGAUAAUACACAUAUUAAUUAUCAGAAGUUACAUAGCAAAAAGUAGUUUUGAUAGACACAAUCAAUCAUCAUUUUCAACUAGGACCGCCACUUAAAUCAAAUGAAUUAAAAGAUAAAUAAAUGAAAAUUUUUAAAGAUGAAAUUUAAUCUAUCUAUAAAUGAUGACAAUGAAUCGCGGUUAUUAUGAUGUUUUCAUGCGAACUUGCGCGAGAAGUCCCGGUAACGUUGCCAUUAGACAAUACGAAUGCGGCAAAUAUCAUACAUAUACUUAUUCAGAAUUAUACGGAGUCUGCGAAUACGUGUCGCAGAACUUGCAACAGUUAAAAUGCAACAAAGGUGUCAUAGCAUUGGUUUCGGAAAAGAAUGCAAUCAUACCUUCGGUUAUAGCAGCGGCACACAAAUGUUGUACCUCUUUUAUAUUUUUGAAUUCUCCUCAAGACAUAGAGAUUAUUACUGGGAAAAUCAAAUUGUCUGCAGUAAUUGUGAUCAACAAAAACAGAGAUAAUGUUCAAUUGGAAUUAUUUGGAAAAGAACCUGACACAACAGCUUCAAUGUUUGAUUUGAAUAUACUCUUCUACAGUUGUGAUACUACUGCUGAAAAUAAUUUUGUAUCUCAACACUCAUUUAUAGCAACAACCUCAGGCAGCACUGGGGAACCUAAGCACAUACAAGUGCCAAUACAAUGCCUACAACCAAACAUUGAUGAUUUAACUAAACUAUUUAGCAUUACCUCAAAAGAUGUUAUCUAUUUUUCAACUCCACUGACCUUUGAUCCAUCUAUGGUUGAAAUAUUACUUGCAUGUACAAAUGGAGCAUCACUUCUUAUUGCACCGGACCUCACAGAAGUAUUAUUUCAUGAGGACAAUGACAAUUCUGUAACAUUCUGGCAGACAACACCAUCAAAAUUUUUUCAACAUUCAAAUGAAAAUAUCAAGAAUAAAAUAUUAUGUGCUAGAUCUACACUCAAAGUGUUGGCUUUAGGAGGGGAACCGCUUAAUGGAAUUAAAAUACUGAAAGAGCUAAAACAUAAGAAUAAUAAAACUAGAAUAUUCACAUUAUAUGGAGUUACAGAGAUGUCAUGUUGGGCAAGUGUAGCAGAACUUGAUCUAAAUAAAGUUACUACAGGAGACAAGGAAGUGCCAUUGGGAAACUGCCUAUCGGAAACAGAAUUAUUUGUUCAACCUCAUGAGAAAAAUAAUACUAUGGGUAAAAUUAUAUUGGCUAGCAAAACAAGAAAGUGUAUUCUUCUUAAUAGAAAGAAUGGAAACAAAGAAGAAAAUAGUAUAAAGUUUAUUGACACAGGUGACAUUGGUGAGAUAAGGAAUGGGACUGUGUUUUAUAGAGGCCGUGUAGAUGACACAAUAAAAAGAUUUGGUCAUAAAAUCAAUUUACAUUCUAUAGAAUCUACUGUGAUACAGUGUCCAAGAGUAAGGGCUUGUUCAUGUGUGUGGCUGCAAACCCCUCUCCUCCUCAUUGUAUACUUCUCAGCUGAAACAUUGAGCAGUCAGGAAUUAUUGGACUUCCUUAAAUGUAAGCUUGAUGAAAAAUACUGGCCAGAUAAGGUGAUCAGAGUGGAUACUUUGCCUACUAAUGCUCAUGGAAAGACUUCUAAAGAAAUCCUAGUCAAUAUCUAUAAAAAAUCAAACAUACUAGAAAAUGUGGAAAAUAUCAAAUCAUAUCUUUUUAAAGAAUUAAAGGCUUUAGUAAAUAAAGAUUUGAAUUAUGAAGAUAUUCAAAGUAAAAGUUUUUUUUCACUUGGUGGUACGUCAUUCCUAGCAGUAACAAUUUGCAAUAAACUUUCAUUAACUUUCCCUGAAGUAGGAAAACAUAUUUUACCACAUUUAUUAUCACAUAAUAAAAGUAUUGGUGAUGUUUUAAAAACUAUUACCCAAGACACAAACUGCUUAGAAAAUAAAUUCAAAAAGAGUAUCAAAAGAAACCGAUCUACAAGCAGCCAUGGUGAAAAUAGCAUAUCUUACAAAAAAGGUGCCGAUGGCAUUAGAAAUUCUAAUACCGUGGAGUUUGUUGUCCAAUGGACUUUCGAUACUGGGAAAUGUGUUGAUGCUUCUCCUGCACUCUAUAAAAGUGAAAGUGUGCUGUAUGUCACCGUCGGGAGCCACUCAGGAAAAAUCGUGGUUAUGAACGCUAACACCGGUUUUAUACAAGGUAUGAUUAAGUUGAAAUCACGAAUUGAAGCUCCGAUCCUGUGUGUGCACGAUGAAUGCGUGACAUCACCUUGCGGCGUUGUUGGCACAUACGAUGGUACUGUGAUCUGCUUUCUUCUCGAAAAUUGCUCAGUAAUAUGGCAAAUCAAUGUUGGUUCCAUGAUUAAAAGUAAAGCAACAUACUGUAAAGGAGUUUUAUACAUUGCAUCAUAUGAUGGUAACAUACGAUGCAUUGACAUCUUGACUAGUACCAUUAAAGAAACAGUACAUGUCUCAGACCAAGCAAUAUCAGCAGAUCUAGUCUUAGCUAAAAAUGAAUUCAUUCUUUUCGGUACACUGUCUGGUGUGUGUGCUUGUCUGCACGUCAAUACCAAGACUAUUAUUUGGCAAGGUUCCUUGAAAGGUCCCAUUUUCGCAUGUCCUGUACUAUAUGAUAAUGACAAGUAUGUAAUUUUUGCUGAAGUAAAUGGAGAAAUACAUUGCAGGACUGUAGAAAAGGGUAUUAAGAUAUGGACAUACAAUGGAGCAAAAGGAAACAUAUUUUCAUCAUUAUGUGUAAAAGAAAUAAAUAAAUUUAAGUGGCAGAUGUACUUUGGAUGUCAUGACAAUAAUGUCUAUAGUGUUAACAUUACAAAUUUUCAACCAAGCUUGCACUGGAAGACAAGAGUUAGUUCCCCUGUUUACUCAACACCAACUAUAUUCAAUAAUAAAUUAAUAUUGGCUGCCUCUACUGAUGGAAAGUUGUGGGUAAUGCAUUCCGAGCUUGGAACAGUAAUUGCACAGUACCAAUUACCAGGAGAAACAUUCUCUUCUCCCAUAAUAUGUGAUGAUCAUGUAUUUAUUGGCUGUAGGAAUGAUCUCUUAUACAGUCUUAAAAUUGAUACAAAAUAAGAUAUAAUUUAUAGCUAUAUAUUAGAU